AUGUUUUGUGCAAUUUGUAUCAAACAUAAGAUGAAAAAUGAAUUUGCUACAGAAAGAGCAGUAAAUAUUUCAAAAAAAUCUGCAGUUAAAGAACAUGUAAAAUGUAAAGAUCACAGUGAAGCAGAAAAACUAGAAACAGCACGUAUUCAAAUGGAAUCUUUACAAAAUCAAAUUUUUUUAUCUGAUGCAAAUGUAAGACACAUUAUUGUUGUAAUGCGAGCUAUAUAUUUUUUAUCAAAAAAUAAUUUACCACUCCGACUUUUACCUUCUAUUAUUACAAUGAUGAAAAAAUCAGAAAUACCAAAUAUUUCUGAUAGAUCAAUUACAUAUACAAAUGAGAUUUCAAAACAUGAAUUUCUAAUAGCAAUAUCUAAAACUAUUGAAAAUGAAAUUUGGAAAGAAUUAUCUGAUGUUGUAGCAUUUGGAAUAAUGAUUGAUGAGAGUACAGACUGA